AUGCGAUGUCCUGCAUGUAACCGAGCAAAUGAGGAAACUUUUUUUGAGGAGACCAUCAAACGACAGGGAAUCUACUUCCAAACAUAAAUUGCAGCAAUCCCAUGUCCGACCCUGAAGAAGAAAGUUCCAAUGGAGAUAAUCGCUCCCGAUGUUACUACGCUAUGGUUUACUCGCAUCAGACCCAGUAAUUUCUCAUCCCGACUUGAAUUUCACCUGGUUGGAACUGUUCGAUCUCGAAGCUGUUUAAGUUCAUUAGGACCAGACAAAUAUGAUGACAGUGACGCACUAAAUGACCAGGUUUCCUCAUCAGCUACUUUGCCUUUUCCCAGACAUGUGGCGUUCACUGCCAUAGACUUUGUGCUGGACCCCCGUGGUCCACGUAUUCCCCAGACGGUGAUGGCGAAGAGGAAAAAUGGCAGUGUGAUGAUUGCAGGUAGUGCUAGUUUACAUUAA